AUGCACCAAAAACCCGCCGUCACCACCACCACCGCUCAUAACCCACAAAUCCACCCUACCUUUCCUUCUCUACGGUCCCCAAAAUCAGAACUUGCAUCGAUUUCUUCGGCGCCCAAAAGCUCUCCGAACGUAAUAGAGUAUGGAAAAGAUGAGGGGGCCCUUGAAAAUGUGUUGCUUGGGUCGGAUGAUUAUAUUUUCUUACUUCGGGAGCUUGGUAAUCGAGGAGACCGAAAAAAGCCAUUUGUUGCUUUGAAUUUUCAGUCAAAAGGGAGAGGAAAAGGAACGAACAAGGUAAAUUCUCCGAAGAAUCUCAAAAUUUACGGGGACGAAUUUGAUAAAAGAAUUUUAGAAGGAUUUCAAGUCAGCCCAAUUUGGCACCAAGGCUUUAUUCGUGAUGACGACAAGUAUCCUUACUCACAUCAUUCAUAA